AUGGCUCGAGCCUUGGAAGGACAAAUCGCUUUGGUAACGGGAGCGAGUAGAGGAAUUGGCCGAGGAAUCGCUCUUCAGUUAGGACAGUGUGGUGCUACAGUUUAUAUUACUGGUAGAAAACCGGAAAAGAGCCUUCAGAGUCAAUAUCGAAACUUGCCAACAUUGCAGCAAGUUGCUGAAGACAUUCGCAACAGAGGUGGUAAGGCUGUACCCGUCUAUUGCGACCACACUGACCACACAGAGAUCGCCAAGUUGUUUGAACAAAUUCAACAGGAAAACAAUGGCACACUCAACGUGCUCGUGAAUGCUGCGUAUGCUGGAGCUAAGGUUUCGCAAUUUCUUAUGUAUGAAAUCUUCAGCUUUACUUUGCGUUUUUUCUCCUUGAUGUUCCUUAUAUGGAAUCUCCAGAACAUGGCUGAAGCCGGUUGCGUUCCAUUUUUCGAGGCCGACCCUUUGCUCUGGGACUCUGUAAACAAUGUUGGACUGCGAAAUAACUACAUUUGCUGUGUGCAUGCUGCGAGAAUGAUGGCAAAGAGGAAAUCUGGUCUCAUCGUGAACAUUUCUUCUGCCGGUGGCUUGCAGUAUACGUUCAACGUUCCUUAUGGUGUCGGCAAAGCGGCGCUGGACCGAAUGUCUGCGGACAUGGCAAUUGAGCUGAAACCGUAUGGAGUUGCAGUGGUCUCUGUAUGGCCUGGAAUGGUUCGGACCGAAUAUUCUGAGAUAUUGAGGGACGAAGGAAAGCUGGAGAAGAUGGUACAGCAGUCUAAGGAAGCCAUCGACAAAUCUUUCAAGUCUGCUGAAUCUGCUGAGUUCGUUGGCAAAGCUAUCGUUGCUCUAGCGUCUGACAAAAAAGUUAUCAGGAAGUCCGGAACAAUACAAAUGACUUAUGACUUGGCUUAUGAGUACGGCUUCAAGGAUGUCGAUGGUGAGUAA